AUGUCUUCCGAACCUCCCGAACAGCCAGAAACGCCCGGUGUCGCGGCGGCGACAAGCAAACCAUCCACCCCAAAGAAUGAAAACAAUGCGCCGGCAACUCCCCGCAAGACAGCGGCUGCCGCUGGCCCAACGACUCCCAAGAGUGCGCCCGCCCGACCACGCGCCAACACGACGAGAAAACAACCCGAACCUCCUACCCUUCUUGCCGACUUCCUCAGAGGACGCCCGUCGCCCCAGCGGCUUGCAGCCGACCGCAAGCGCAGAAUGAGCCUCGACGCAGUCAAAGCCGAGAUGAGGGCUGAAAUGCGGCAAGCUGCCGUUGCAAAGAUCCAGCAGCCUGGUGGUGUCAGGGACCGAGUGAACAAAUGGCAAAAAGCAAAUUCUGCCGCCAUGGCUGCGGGUGACCCGAUGGCUACCCCGAGCGAGCCCACAGAGAUCGCCUUCCCAAACGAGACGGAAAGUGUCACAGAAGAUGAUCGCGUAAGAAUCAAACUCAGGCAGAAGAGACGUUCGGUACCGAAGGUUGAGGUACACAAUGAAACGGCUGAAGAAAAGGAGGAGAUUGUCGAGGUUCUCCCCACCGGACAAGCGAAGGCGCCCCCUAAGAAACGUGUUGUCAGUGAUGACCAUUGGAUGGCCAAGAAGAACAAGGGAAGCCCGUCUCGAUCUAAAUCGCCAAAGAAGGACGCAAGUCCGAGUCCAAGUCCGAUUCCAAAAGAUUUCGUGCAAAAGACUCCAAUCCAGGCGCCGGUCGCCAAGAAAAUUCAGGACUGGGCUAUGAAAGUCGAAAUGCCAGAUCAAUUACCACCUAAGCACAGGGCCUCAAAGUCAACAGACUCUUUGGACGGUAGCAAAAUACAAGCGAGACUUAAGGAGCUUCAUGACCGCCAGUCGACACCUAAGAAACCAAAGGCCGAUGAUGAUGGCAUUCGGGUUACGCCGCUGCGGAAGAAGCUUGAUGACGAUGGCAUUCGAGUCGCACCCAUCAAGACGCCAUCUGAGGGCUCGGGUCUUCAGAAACCAAAGGCUACCAAAUCAAGAGAUCACAGUCGUGGGGCUAGCUCACAACCUGGUUCGGACCACAUAGUGGUGGUUGAAGAGGAUGAGUCUGAUCGGAUAGAGGUCAUCGAAGAUGAUGAAAGCUAUUUACAAACACCAACCAGGAAGCCAUCUAGGACGCGGAAAGUCAGUCGUAAGAAGAGCGCUCCGCCUCCACCAGAUGACAAGUCAGGUAUCAGCAGUUUAGAGUCAGCAGUCAAGGCAGGGCAAGACAACUCAGAGCUUGCACCAACCACAGUGACGAGCGCACCCGGUGCCAAACCGCUAGAGGAGAUUCCAUUUGGCUUCUCUGCAUUUAGCGAACUGGAUCUCCCGCUUGAACGCGGCAAGACAAGGCGGAAGGCUCAGCGCAAUCCCAGCUUCAAAGCCGCGGAUGUGCUCAAGAAGGUGGUCAGUGAAGGAAAAAAGAUGCUACAUGACGCAGUUGAGCCUCCUAAGCAGCCUGUAGCAAACCAGCCGCCGAGUAUCGAAAAGUGGCUCAAUGGUACUGUUGAUCCAUUCAUCGAUGAGUCCAAGGAGGAGCCAAAAAAUAAGGUAGCAGCUAAGAAGUCCGAGGAGCGGUCCGACAGUCGCAAACGGUCAGGUGAUGAGAAGAGAAGGUCUUCUCUUCCAACGAAGACAGAGCUCUCUGAGUCAACGGAACUUACCCAGUCCACGCAAACAACAGAUGCGACGCAAACAACCCAGACGACAGAUACAACAGGAACGACACAGACGACAGAGUCAACAGAGACGUACACAGACCUAUCCACGGACCUCUCAACAGAUCUGUCUACAGACUUGACGGCGUCGACCGAGAAUGACGAGAAUAUGUUUCCUAAAGAAUCCGAGGGAAAAUCUAAUGAAAAGUUGAAACCGUCACCGUCUGCCGGACUACGAAGAAGAGCUGCCACAAGAGGGGCGAUAUCGCCCAUUAAAACAGUAAAGAAGCCCUUUCGCGAGAUCUUGAAAGAAGCAUUUAGAGGGGAGUCAAGUGGGCACCAGACUCCUCCAUCCAAGUACAUUAGUGAGGAGGAAAGACGACUGGAGGAAUACGAUAGCUACGACGAAGAUGACGACUGGCGGCGCAACGAACGCCGACGCUCCUCUGGUUCUAGCCGGUCAUACAGUGAUCGAACGUAUUCGGAUGAAUCCUCUCUGCGCGAAGACAGAACCCCAAUGCCACGACGCAAGCCGCCGACAAACGGCGUGCAUGAGCUAUCUACUAUUGUUGGAUCCGCCGACACUUAUAGCGCCUACGAGUCCGAUAUGACAUCCCAAGUGUCAGAAACCACCAUCACCCAGACUACUGCUUUCACAAGAGACACAGGAGUUUCGCGAAGGAGGAGUAGCAAGUCCGGUUUGAAGAGGAGACUCACCAAACACUCCGACCUUGUGUCGGUUCUCUCCUUACCCGACGAUAGCCAGGUACCGGGCAGCCUUAAAAGCGUCAGACCGCGACCUAGUGUGAGGAAGGCUGCCAACCAUCCUGAUAAGAUUACUGUGCAUGAUUUGCUUAAAGAAUUUUCGGAUGACGAAAACUUGUACCAGAGAGAGCUCAAGACUUUGGUCGACGGCGUCAUCCCUGUCCUUCUCUCAACUGUUCUCCAAGGCGACUCGGCAAGCGCUGUAGAUCUGUUUGGCCCCGAGUCACCCGGCCGUAAGGCAAACAGCAUGGCAAAAUCUGUUGUUAACAUGGGAGUUGCCCUGGAAAAGCUCAAGGCAGCUCACAAGAGAGCAUCACACACCGAUAUUAACCGACUGAUCUCAUGGCUACACACUACGUCCCCAAUCUACCAAAGCUAUAUGGACGCGUGGCGCCUUGGCUUCCAAGACCUUAUUGUCAACCUAGCCCCGGCGGCUGACCGGCUUGACGAUAAUGACUCCCUUAUCAAUGCCCUCCCACGCAAUGCCGAAGGCGACGUGAUCAACGAAGAUGGUGAGAGGGUUGACGUUGCGCACUUGCUAAAGCGGCCCCUUCUUCGCAUCCGGACGCUUGCGAAGUUAACAAAGGGCGUUCACGCUAUCAUCGGUUCCUACGACACUCUCACGUUGGUAGGGGAUUACGAUGCUCUGCAGGAGAUGUGUCGCCGCCGACAUAAAGAAGAGUCUGCCAGACUGGCCGAUGAGGACGCAAUAAACACAGACACUACCAGGAUUCGCGAUCUAAGAACCCUUGCCCCAAUGGAAUCAGUCAAAAUUGAUCCCAAGCGACAAGUCAACGCUAAGGAUCUAUUUUCCCUCAGCCUGGCGCAUUCUAACGGGCAGAGACUCGAGUGUCAGGUUGAGCUCGUUCACCGGGAUCUUCCGGGUGCGAAUAAUGACAGAGGCGACCUCCUUAUUCGCGAAACGGGGAGUGGCCGACGAACAUGGCUCCUCUUUCCCCCAAUGCCCAUGACCGUGAUUUCCGCCCGUCGAGGAGACACAAGAUUUGAACUAGUUUUAAUGGUUCAGGGCACUCACAACGGCAGACAAUGGUACGAAUUAUUGAACCUUGUCACUGAUAACGAUGAGCAGGUGGCAGACUGGCUUGACAUUAUUGGAACAAACCCGGUCCCGCCCAAGGAGCGACUGUCUGUUGUUGACGAGUUACCCGAGUCUCCAACAAGGGUGGAUAUACCCGUUGGUGGCAAGCUUUACGACUGGAGCGCAGCAUCGCCCGAGCCCGUCACACCGAAGCGAUCGACUCCCAACCGCUACCACAACCGGAGCACCCCCCCUCGAAGUCCGUCUCCCGAGAGGACGCCUACGCAAGACACAUAUGAGGAUGAAAGCAAGCAAAGGGCCGCCCCUAAUACUACCCCUUACCGAGAAGAUGGUGCUCCCCCACCUCCCAUUCACCGCUCCCUGGGCCCCAAGUCGCCACAGCUACUGCCACCUGUAGAUCUCCAGAGCUCCCGCGUGAAGCGGCGGGGCUCGUCUCCCUUGAAGCAUGAGUAUCUUCCGUCUGAGGAGUCGUCUGACACAGCCGAUUCUGUCACCGAGUUGUCCGAGAGCGAAACAGGUUCAGACUGGGAGUCAUCUGAAGAUGAGUUUGAGGAUGAUAUCCCAGAGACAGAACUAGGUUUCAGUAUUAGAGAGCCGGAGCCAAUUCCGGGCCAUGAGCUAGAGCGUGAGCCACGACCAGAGGUGGUGGCAGGGCAAGAGGAGCUGGAACCAGAACUGGAAUCAGAACUGGAACCACUUCCAGAGACUGUCCCUCGAACUUUCAACGAACCAUAUGCUCAGGAAUCUAUGGUAUCCUCUGUGUGCAGUUUGACGCCGUCCAAUUCGGCAUCCCAGGCCGGCCUCUACGGCCGCAAGACUUCAGAAAGCUACACCAAGUAUAUCGCUUCUAUAUCGUACUGGAAUGAGAAGAAGGGUCAGUGGAAGGAUAUCUCUGCCGAGCCGUGCUCCAUUCAGGUCGCCGCCGGUGUAGUCGAAGCCUAUUCGUUGGUUAUCAGCCCCGGGGGUCACUCGGACCUGCCUAUCCUCUCCCUCGAGCUCACCCCCCUGGUACUACUCCGUCAAUCCACUGUUGUCGACCUUGAAAUUCGCUCCGCAGUCAAGGAUAACUGCAAAAACAAGAGUAUCGGCGGUGGUAACUUCCGCUUCCGCUGCCCGUCCAGUACGGAAUGUUUUAAUCUUUACAUGGCCGUUCACCACGCUCGUCUCAACAAUCAAAAGUUCAUUCAGCUUGAGAACGAAGCCCGUUUCAAGUCCUUCGGUGAGCGACCUUCCGAAGAGACGGAAGACACCAGCAGUCGUCGCCGCAGCUGGUUCGGGAGAAAGAACAGCUAUCGCGCGUCUGCCCGCGCUCCGUCUCAAUCCCAAGACGGCAGUACUCCCUCGUCUAGCCUGUCUGCCUCUAGCUUUCUCAAACGCCUCACAGGCGCAGGGACAUUUAACAUCGCUCGGUCGUCCCUUGACAAGCAACACUCCUUCUCUGGCAACAACAGUCUGUACACGUCCGACUCUUCCUCCAAUAACUACCCUCGUUCGCCGUCCAUCAGCGUCUACUCUUCUUCUAUACGUAGCCCAUUAUCAUCUGAUAACAUUAAGAUCCGCCUUCAUCUGCUUGUAACGUCGACAAAAUGGGAAGACUACGGCAACUGUAUCCUGCAAAUCCGCCGCCCGCCGCCCGGCUGGCAUCAGGAGCUCCGCGCUAACCACGGCCUCGAGAAGCGCGUCACCGUCACCGCCAUGCCAAAGAAGGACAAGCCCAAAAUUGUUCUCGAUGCCGUGCUUGGUAGUGGCUGUUUCACCCCGAUGGGCAGCAGGGGUAUUGUGUGCGGAAUCUGGGAAGAGCUUCGUGAUGAGCGCGGAGAGAUCGGCGUCGCCCCUAAGACAGGCGGAGCAUCUGGCUCUGUAAAGAAGUGGUGUUUCCAGUGCUCCAGCGUCGCCGAGGCCUCGUGGGUGUUGCGGCUCGUCCACCAGGAGGUAGAGUUGAGAGAGUAA